UGCAUUUGGCCGUUUUAUUUAGAAAGGUGGGAGAUAGUAACGCUGGUCGAAGCGAGAAACCCGCUCAGCGCUACAAGUUUGUUAAGUGGCAGUGCAACGAACGAUUGUUCUUCGAUGAAAUUUGAGAGAAUGGAGAAACUAACGAUUUUAUUUUUUGUAUCGACGUUAGCCCUGACUAUUGGGCAUCCCGCCAAUAUACUCAUUGAUUCGAAUUCAGACGAUUUCUUUGGAGCAAACUCCCUGGAUGCCGAUCCCAUAUCAUCCGAACAGGCUGAACAAUACAAACAACAGCUUCUUCGUCAACAAAAACUCCAACAGGAAUUAUUGUUGGAAGCACAACGAGUAACAACUCAAAAUUUACAAAACACUGAAAAAGCAAUAACAGAUAAAGUAGAAGAUGAAGUUAAAGUAGCUUCCACGUCAACAGUACAACCUGAAGAAGUGCAUACCGAAAAGGAAAAGAUAUCAACCCCAGUUACUACAAGUACUAUGACUCCACCGACUACACAUUCCACGACAGUUUCCCCCAUAUCAGCACCAUCUACUACUCCAACUGUUUCCCAAGGACCUACCAGACCUCAAAGAAACCCUCAACACGUGGGAAUGUUGUCUCGAAUAAUUGAUGACAUAUUUCAGAUUCCAAUAAGUGUUAUCCAGUCCGUAGCACGACUCCUGAGGAACCCAUUUUCCCCUAGAAGGACACCGGAGUCAGCCUCUACUUACUAAUUCCUCACCGGAUGAUUACUUAUAAGGGUUAAUAAACUGACUGGUAGAAUGUGAUUACAGCCACUUAGGCAAAUUAGUGUUAGAAGUGUAUAUAAACUUGAGCGAAAAGCAGUAACAAGGAAGUUAAUACAACUACUGUUAAUUAAGACGCAUUUCACUUAGAGUCUUAAGUGCUAUUUAAUAACGAAUUUCACGCUAGAAUUAAACAUCAACUACAAACUAUAAAUUAACUAUCACAAACUGUAGAAUUAUAAGAUAUUUUUUAUUUCUUAACCUUUUUAGAUUUAUAGUUUUGUCGACUGUUAUGAUGCUGAAAUAAUAAUAAUUAUUAUUUUUAUUAGGUAUAAAAAGUAGUUUAGGUAGGCAUUAUGAUUUGUUGAAGCAGAGUGUAACAAAUAAAUAUCCUUUAUUAUUGU